AUGUGGAAUGAGGCUUCUCCAUUCUCAAUGCUUCGUUCGCCGACUUCGACUCCAUCCUCUGCUUGUCCUUCCCAUUCUUCCACCUCUUUCCCGAAGCAAACCCUAGAUUUCCCGAUUCGAAGCCCCAAAUUGUCCCACAAAGCCAACUUCCUUCCCCCUAUUUGUGCCGUUGCCGUACCAGAGAAAGUAGAGAAGAUUGGAAACGAGCUCAAAAACCUAACCCUAGAAGAAGCUCGCAGCCUCGUUGACUGGUUACAGGAAGAGCUCGGUGUCUCCGCUGCUGCCUUCGCACCGGCGGCUGUUGCCGUAGCGCCUGGUGCCGUUGCCGAUGCGGGACCAGCCGUCGUUGAGGAGCAAACGGAGUUCGAUGUUCUUAUCGAGGAAGUGCCGAGUAACGCGAGGAUUGCAACGAUUAAGGCCGUGAGAGCACUUACGAAUCUGGCGUUGAAGGAAGCGAAGGAGUUGAUUGAAGGAUUACCGAAGAAAUUCAAGGAGGGAACCUCAGAGGAAGGGGGGUGUCGAUCUUCGAAUGAACAUGAUAAAUUUUCAUAGAUUUUUAAGUUGGUGUGUCGGUCGAUCGUGGAAUUGUGCCCCUUUUUUGUUUCGAGAAACAAGCGAAACAAGUAAAACUUGUUUCGUCAUUCAUGUUUCUUGAAGCAUAAAUUGUUAUAAAUUUCAAUUUAUGUUUCAAG